GUCACUAUAACCCAUUAAAUUCACUUGCACUCUCACCACCUCCGACGCACCUCAAAACCGCUUCGUAAAACCAUUAGUUGAUUUCCGACCAAGCCCCUAUUUCCUAGCUAUAGAUACUAUCCUAUUUUUCAUCGACAAACAUAAUAUACCUACCAUUCAUUCAUAAAAAAAGAUGGAGAGAUAGAUCUAGCGAACAAAGGAACAAUAAGCUUAAAAAGAUUUGAUCUUUUUGAGUUUAUUUACACAGCCAAAACCUUUUAAAGAUCUUCCAGAAAUCGAAAGAGCAAAAAUGUCCGAGUCAAACAUGGUACCAGUGGGUAACAAUGGAGACACUGAUAACAAGGAGAACAAUGUCAUGAACAACACUGAUGGUGGAGCUUGUGUUGGAGCUGGUAGUGGAGCUGAAGAAAUCGACAGUGCAAAGACUGUAAGUGACAAUCGUGAAGAAGCAAUGGGAAGCAGUGAAGGUCCCCCUCGUAAGAAAAAAAAACGCAAUCGUCACAGCCAAUAUCAGAUUCAGGAGAUGGAAGCUUUCUUCAGAGAGUGUCCUCACCCAGAUGACAAACAAAGAACGGUUCUUGGCCGUCAAUUGGGUUUAAAACCUAUUCAGAUUAAAUUCUGGUUCCAGAACAAACGCACUCAAAACAAGAAUCAUCAAGAACAUUGUGAGAACAUAGGACUUCGGUCAUUGAACAAGAAGCUUAGCUCUGAAAACCAACGGUUCCGAGAAGCUGUUUUUUUAGCCUUGUGCCCUAAGUGUGGAGGCCAAACUGCAAUUGGCGAAAUGUGCUCGGAAGAACAUCAGCUUCGGAUCCAAAACGCUCGGCUAACUGACGAGAUCAAUGAAUUGACUGCUCUGGCGGAAAGUUUUACCCGAAAAAUGGUAAUGUCUCCUCGGCCUUUUCAUCGUCCUCCAACUUUCGAGUUCAGGGCGGGAUCAUCUACUGGAAGAGAAUUGUAUGGAAAUGGAGGAAACCUCUCUAGGGGAAUCACUGGACCGGCAGAUGCUGAUAAGCCAAUGAUCAAAGAGUUGGCAAUUGAAUCCAUGGAGGAGCUAUUGUUGAUGGCUCAAGUGGAUGAACCACUGUGGAUUGGAGGAGUUAAUGGCACUAGCCUAGCUUUGAACUGGAAUGAAUACGAAAGGACGUUUCGGAUGGGUCUCGGGCCUAGACUUAGCGGGUUUAGAAUCGAGGCAUCCAGGGAAACCGCGCUCGUGCCAAUGAAUCCUACUGGCGUUGUUGAGAUGCUCAUGCAAGCGAAUCUGUGGUCGACAAUGUUUGUCGGAAUGGUUGGUAGAGCCGUGACUCAUGAAAAACUUUUGCCUGAUGUUACUGGAAACUUCAAUGGAGCUCUCCAAAUCAUGAGUGCUGAGUACCAAGAUCUUUCGCCGCUAGUCCCAACCCGCGAAAGCUACUUUGUCCGCUACUGUAAACAGCGAGAUAAUUUGUGGGCGGUGGUGGAUGUUUCCAUCGACCAUUUCGUUACAAAUAUCCACACGAAAUGUCGCCGCAGACCCUCUGGAUGCUUGAUUCAAGAAAUCCCUAAUGGUUACUCUAAGGUAACAUGGGUUGAGCAUGUGGAAGUAGAUGACAGAGAAGCAUAUCAAAACAUAUUCAAGCACUUCGUCAGUACUGGUCAAGCUUUUGCUGCUAACCGCUGGGUUGCAACAUUGGAACGCCGGUGCGAGAGGAUUGCUGGCAAUAACAUCAUGACUACAGAGUUUCAAUCCGUGGAUUCGGCUGAUCGCCUUGCGCUAACGGACCAUGGAAAGAUGAGCAUCCUGAAACUAGCUGAGCGGGUUGCAAGAAGCUUCUUUAUUGGGCUGACUAAUUCGAUGGGGACUCCAAUUUCUGGUGUAGGAGGAAAGGGUAUCAGAGUGAUGAAAAUGAAGAACCUGAAUGGUCCAGGAAGGCCUCCUGGUGUCGUUAUUUCUGCAUCCACUUCGUUUUGGGUUCCUUGUCCUCCUACGAUUGUCUUUGACUUCCUCAGAAAUGAGAAUCAUCGAGCCAAUUGGGAUGCCCUCUGCAAUGGAUGGAUUGUGCAGAAGAUAUCAGAGAUUGCAAAUGGGAGAGACAGCAGGAACUGUGCAACUCUACUCAAGUUACAGAAUAAAAGCACUUGCCAGAUGAACAAGAUGAUAAUUCAAGAGACCUUUACUGAUCCAACAGCUUCAUUUGUGAUCUAUGCGCCUGUUGAUACGGCAUCAAUAGAAGGUCUUCUCAAUUUAGGUACAGACCCUGACUAUGUGGCUCUCCUGCCUUCCGGUUUUGCUAUUCUGCCGGAUGGUAUGGGUGAUCAGCCUGGAGGAAACGGAGGAGGAUCACUCCUGACCGUUUCCCUCCAGAUGCUCGUUGAAGAAGUUUCUUUGGCUAAGCUGAGUAUUAGCUCUGCUAGAUCCGUUGAGAACCUGAUUCGUGCAACCGUGAUGAGGAUCAAAGAUUUGUUUCCUUUCAAUAUUGCAACACCCUCAACUCGGAACGUAAGCUAAAUGGAAGAUUGAAUCAAGGAAGAAAGAGGGAGACUGGUUGUGUGGAAGAUCGGUGGAGAGCUUCAAUAGGGGAGGAGUCAAGAACGAACCCCAAAGAGAUUUGUUCUUUAUGAGGUUCCGGAUUUGACUUGCCCUGAAAUAUAUUUAUUCAAGAUGGAAAAAAAAAAAAAAAACAAUUUUAUCAUUUUCAGUUGAGUCUUAUGUUUCCUUGUCAUUGCGGGAACCUUUUGUUAUUUCAGUUGAGUCUUUUGUUUUCUUGUUGGAACCUAUUAUGAAGUUUUCGAGUACUCUUUUUCUC